CAGUGCUCACAUCAGUAACUCCUGGCUAUUAAUUAUUUGCAGUGAGUGCGCGUUUGAGUGACAUGUUUACAAGUGAAAAGGCUUUCUCGCUUGUUGCCUUGACGACGCCCCGAUUCAAUAGAAAAUGUAUUUAGUGUCUCUCUUUCACGCACGAUUUCGUGUUGGUUUUAAGCUCUUUUCUUCAAAUCCGUCCAACCAGCGUUUCGGGAACCCCGGCAGUGACACGAUUAGGUCGCUCGCGCGUUCUGCCUCUCUCGAAUGCGGCGGGCGACGCGAUUAUCCGCAGUGCCGCCUCCUGCGCCGCGCGCUCUGCGCAUCCCACGAGCAGCGUCGCGACACGCGGGGCGCGGAGGCUGACGGCGCGAGACGCGCCCUUUCUCUUCUCCAUCAGCGAGUGGCGCCGAGGCAGAGCUUCUCUCUCUCCCAUUCGGCUUUUCUCUGCCUGGUGUGUGCAGGUGUAUAGCGACACACUGCAAGUUCAAGCGCGGAUAGUGGAAACGGACAUUUUGCCGAAGUGGCCAGCAAAUAAAACUAUUAUUCUUUUUCUGUUUUUUCCACUGUUUGGUCAAUUUUUCCCCAUAUUUUGGAAUGGUUGUCGUGACUAAAUGCGUGUGGUGUAGCGACGUCGUGUCCCUGGCAUCUGCGGCGUGGCCGUAGGAGGAGAAAAUCGUCGCUGCAGCCUCGUUACCCAUCAAUCUCCUCGUUCGCUCGCGCCCUCCCUGACCGGUGAAUGGGCUGUGCGCUCGGUCAUCGUCUGCAGUCACGUUAGAAAGUCAUCGCUGGAAGAAGAUGGCGGACAGGGCCGAGAUGUUUUCGCUCUCCACCUUCCAUUCGCUUUCUCCUCCGGGAUGCAGGUCAGCCCAUGACAUAAGCCUGGAGGAGUUUGAUGAUGAAGACCUAUCGGAGAUCACAGAUGACUGCGGGAUUGGGCUUAACUACGACUCUGAUCCCUACGAGAAGGACUGUCUUAUACUGGAGAAAAAUGACCACCACCCUGUCUGCUCCUUUCAAGAUGAUUUCCAGGAAUUUGAGAUGAUUGAUGAUGAUGAUGAUGAAGAUGAAGAUGAGGAGCAAGAAGAGGGGGAGAAUGAAGGGGAUCCUGAGGCUCCUCCCAGUCCAUCAGCUUCCCCACCCCUAUCUCCAACCACAGGCACGCUGCAGAGAGGACGACCAACAACCUUGAACCUGGCCUCUGCAUUGUCACAAGAUUCCCUUAACAACAACAAUAGCAGUGUCUCACCACACAAAGCAAGCUGGCAGGAGUCUCUUCACAACCCUGCCUCAAAUGGUUGCUUGUCUCCAACCCAUUCUUGCCUUGAGGAUGGUGCCCAUGUGAACAGCCAGUGUGCACCUGCACCAGGUUUGGGGUCCCAAAGCAAAGGUACACCCCAAAAACAGUGUGUGGACAGUGGGCGCACAGGGUCGCCCCUCAGACCCCUGCUGUACGACUUUGAGGGCAACAGACGGGAAAGGCCAGAAUACGGUAAAAAGAUGUGUCACCUGCCUGUGGAAGAUCACAACAUGAACAUACUCUCGUCACCGCCAUCCCCACUGUAUUCCUCCUUCCCUGACAGCUGGAUUUCGCCUAAACACUGUCUCUCUCCAACAGGGUCUUUUGGUCAACAUAAAAUGUCCAGCGGCUCAGACCCUGAAGCAGAACCUAGUGUUGAUGCUGGUGGUCCGGGUGCGAGCAUCCCGGCCACUGACGACGUGUCUGAGCACUCUGGCGUUGACCAUGACCUGAGCAGUGACUGUGCCGAAAGGUGGCCAGGCCGAUCUAGACAGGCUAAUGAUACUUACACUGUCAUCACCGAGUCUGCCGUGGACCCAGAGUUAGAGAAUGACAUCACUUUAGACUGCACCAGUAGGUGCCUUUCAUCCACUGCUCCUGCUUAUAGCCAGGCUGGAACCCCUCUGUCGGAUGAGGAACUUGACAGAGAUUUUGAUGUAGAUGUAGCCCUUAUGUGCAAAGAAAGCUAUGAACUGGUUUGUAAAAAGGAUGGUGACUCCUCUUAUGUGGAGUUUCCUUCCAUUGAGCAUUGUGAACCGACGUCAUUUUCUAGCUAUGCUUCUUCCUCCAGUCGAUCUGAUGUUGAACUGGAGGAGGCUCAUGCUGAACAGAACAUUUGUGCUCAAAGUCAUCCCUCUACUGGCUCCAGUGAGUCCACCUCACCUUCUUCUGAUCCAGGCAUUGCUGACAUGAACAGCAAAGACUGUGAGAGGUACACAGGAUCGGAGCACAACAGCAACAACCUUAGCUCACCGGCAUCUGACUCAGAUGUUGAUGGAGAACUGGAGGCUGUCUUCGCUUGUGGAGGACCGCUAGUCAAUCACAUGAUCUCAUCCAUCUCAGAGACAGAGCUGGACCUAACCAGCGAAAGCAGCAGCGGUCGGUCUUCCCAUCUCACCAACUCCAUUGAGGAGGCCAGCUCUCCCAUGUCCGAGCCAGAGGCAGAGAAGGAGCUGGUGCAGAGCAGCAGAAUGAGGGGAACAAAAGCCUCCUUGUUCCCCGGGCAGUUCGAGCUCAUUGAAGAGGGGCCUCCAACGCCUGAGGUCUUGACCAACCUUGAUGGGGGCCAGCUGUUGAUGGGUCUGCAGGGUGCCGAUUCUGCAGUUCAUGAGAAUGCAGGUGAUUUAGAUGAAGCAAUUCUGCCCACAGAACACAGGAAGGAGAAUGUCUCCAGGCAGUUGGUGUUGGAAAUUGAGCCAGAGCACAGCUUAGAGAGCUUCAAGAAGUCAUUCUAUCUCCCUGUGGGACCCAAACUCAUGCCUGCUGUGGACGACAGUGAUUGCGAGUCAGAGUCAGAAUCUGAGGAUGAUCUGAGUGAGAAUUCGGAUUCCCCAUGGCUUCUCAGUAAUCUUGUCAACAGAAUGAUUUCAGAGGGCUCCUCCCCUAUCAGCUGCCCAGAGGACUGCUUCAAAAGGUCUGCCUUCACCUCUGAUGCAACUUCUCCUGUGUCAGACCUGGAGACAGAUGCUUUGAACAAGCCUUUAGACAGCCACCCAGAAAAAUCAGAUGGUAGCACACUAAAGAGCCAUAAGGCAAUCAGUGUAGAUUCAUGUUCAAAAACAGGAAUGGACUACAAAGAUAUCCUCAAAGCGACAGAGAAGACAGCUUCAGAAUUCCAGCCAGAUUCAGGGAAAAGCAACACCUUAAGCUCAUGUCUCUAUCUGAGUAACCCCUCAAAUGACAAAAUCAUGGCAGACUUCACAGAUCAAAUCAGAGGCAGGAUGGCAAGUGAAGGAUCCAGAACAGUGUUGGAUCCAGAACAGUCUCUUACUGAAGAUUAUCACACUACUCCCACAUCAAUGAAAAAUCAAAAUGAUGUGAAGGCUAGUUCCAAUAACCAUGCAGCAGUGGAUACUAAUGACUCUGAGUCUACGUCUCUGAGUGAAGAUGAGGAUGACAUCAAAGAGGAGGAGAACAAGGAAACAGAAAAUGUAGACUUGCUGGAUCACAUCACAGAGGUGAAAAGCAGCCUGACCCUGGACAUUCCAACUGCCCAGACCAACCACUGCUUCAGUCUAACUUACUCUAUUGACAAUGACGAGGACUACUUGGAGUCCCUUCAGAAGUCUCCUUUUGGAGAUGGAAAUCUAGAAAGCUCCCUCCCUGUCAAUGGAAGUGUGAGUGAAUUGGCACGGCAGCUCGAUGAGUCUUUGGCGUAUGACACCAUGAAGUACACGCUGGUGGUUGAUGAGAACGCCACACUGGAACUGGUGAGCUUGCGGCGGUGCACAUCCGUUCUAAGUGAUGACAGCGAGGUGUCCACACUCUGUGAUGACUGCCCCCUUGGGGUUGAUCCAGAGCUCUGCAGCUCCUCUGAGGACUCCUCUCCAGAGGCUGAUAUGGUUUUCUCCAAGAAGUUCCUCAAUGUCUUUGUCAACAACACCUCUCGAUCGUCCAGUACGGAGUCCUUUGGCCUUUUCUCAUGCAUGAUUAAUGGAGAGGAGAGGGAACAGACCCACAGAGCUGUGUUCAGAUUCAUCCCCAGACAUGAAGACGAGCUGGAGCUGGAUGUGGAUGACCCCUUGUUUGUGGAAGACGAGGAAGAUGACCAUUGGUACAGGGGUUACAACAUGCGCACUGGGGAGAGGGGCAUUUUCCCUGCCUACUAUGCCCAUGAGGUUGUUGGGCAAGUGAGAGAAAUUCUGGGAGUGAAGAGGAACACAGCCUGGGUGGAGACCUUCAGUGUGCAGUUUCUUGGAUCAGUGGAGGUGCCCUAUCACCAGGGCAAUGGCAUUCUGUGUGCAGCCAUGCAAAAGAUCGCUACCACACGGAAGCAGACUGUCCACCUGCGGCCACCAGCACUGUGUGACCUUGAGGUCAGCCUGCAGGGUAUCAAGCUGAUCAUGAGCCUGAAUGACGAGUAUGGGCUUUUGGAUGAGUUUGACAGGUGCAGUCACUUCUUCCAGAUGAAGAACAUCUCUUUUUGUGGCUGUCACCCUAAGAACAACUGCUACUUUGGGUUUAUCACAAAGCACCCAAUGUUGAACCGAUUUGCCUGUCACGUGUUUGUAUCCCAGGAGUCCAUGCGGCGGGUAGCAGAGUGUGUGGGACGAGCCUUCCAGGAGUACUAUCAGGAGCACUUGGAGUAUGCCUGUCCCACAGAAGACAUCUACCUGGAGUAAGGGACAGCCAGCCUGUCAGCCCCCCUCUUUUGACAUGUUCUUCAAAUACUGUACAAGGAGCUCUGUUCUCUGUUGUAAAAAUACCUACACUCAGAGAAAAGACACUUGUAAGGUUUUCCAGUUCCCUUCUUUUUGGUUUCCACAUAUCUGCUGACCAUACGGACUGCGCAGAGGUAUACAUAAAAUGAUUUAACUUUUUUACAAACCAGACAGUGAUAUAGAGUGACAGAAAUGCAUCUUUGGUAAAUAAAAUAUCUUUUCUCUCUGGUUAAAAACAAACUAAUUACAUCUGACAUGCAUGCAUGGCUUUAAGGGUAUAAUACUGAAACAGACAUCCUCACGGAAAUACAUGUUAGAUGAAGCAGAAUAACAACUUAAAAGGUGGAUGAGGUGGAUUUGAUUCCUACUGAAAUGCACUUGUAGUUGAAGAAGAAAAUGUGGUGGAGGGAAGGGACUUGAACUUACUGGCAGAGUUGGAUGUCAAAAUUCGGUUCAAUAUAGAAUGUAAUGUACAUACAUGUAUAAACAGCAAGAAUUAGAAAUUACUCAAAAUAAUGUAAGUAGCAUACAUACUGAUUUUUCACAUUGCUCUGAAGUUUGAAAUGAUCUGUCUACGCUGAGUUUGAACCCAAAGCGCAUUUUGUGUGCUUCAGACCAAAGUAGCUGAACCAGAUGAGAAACAUGGGGAAAAUGGUCCGACGGCAGAGAAACACAUACUUGGCAGUCGCUCUGAGUGGUGCAGUGGUGAUUCCUACAAAACCAGGGCACACAUUAAAAAGGAAUUUUAAUUUCAAAGCUGUAACGGUGUGCAUUGCAGGUGAAACGAGGCAGCAACAGCAUGCUGUGAGUAACCCCCCUACUUUGGCCUUGGAGGGAUGAUGUGGUCUUGUAAUGGAGGCUUCUGCAGGCCUUGAAACGAUCCACACACCAGACAAUACAAUUUCAUCUUAAAGAAUUACAAGUUUGAUUGUUGAUUGAAAUAACUGUAUGUGUAACAGUCUUCCCCAAAGUGCGGAAGCUGCUUCCGGUUCCUGUUCACUCAACCAUUAUCUUUUAAUUGCACUAGUAAUUGUGCUAAAUUUAUGCAAAUAACCGUGUCCUCCAGGUACUUGGCAUUUCUCUCUCUUUAGAGGCCCACAAUGUCUGUAGACCUGUGGCGCUUAGGGAAUUAGCUAAUCCCGUUCAGUGACCAAUUAAAGGUCAGCAUUUUGGCCUGCUUUUCAAAGCACAGAUAGGGGACAGGCUGUGGACCUACAGCUCACCUGACCACCUGUAUUGGAAUGAGACUUGUGUAGGCUUUUGAAAACCAGGCUGCAGGGGCAUGCUUUUAUGUCCCUUCUUUUUUUUUCUUUUUUUUUUUUUUAAAAAAAACCUUUCAGUUCCCCUUUCCCGUUCCUGUUGACUGAUAACACUUUCUUCUGAUGCAAGGCAAGAGGAUUCAGCUUUUAAAGACAAUUUCUAAACAUAACUAGACAAAAGAUGAAAAGUAGCCCCUUUGAAAGCUUCAGUGUACAUACUUGUUACUGCAUGUCAUAAUGGACUGUGUGGAUUGAAUGUUCCUGUUUGACCAAAAGGUUUUUGUCUGUGUAACUUUUCCUGAGAAACUUUUCUAUUCCAUUUCAAGUUUUGAAUAUGUACCACAAAAUCCCCAAUGCUGGAAGCCAUAAUAACUUAACUGACUGUUCCAAUAGCUGUACCUACAAAUUCAUUUAUUUUUGUGCUCUUGAAAAAAGGCUGGUCUAAAUAUACCCAAGGUUCUUUAGAUGUCAGCAGUAAAGCUGAAUAGAUAGAAACCAUCUCAUUUUAUGUGUUGUUCACUGCUGCACCUUAAAGCCAUUUCAGCAUUUUAUAAUUAAUGGACUCAUAAUAACAAAAUGUAAAGUCAAUAUAAAACACAAGUUCACAUACUUUAAUUCAGGAAAAGACAUUAUUGUUAUUCAUCUGCUAUUUAAAUUACUCUGCAUCUCUUGAGGCAUAACUUAUUGGAUAAAAAGUGUAUGAAAAAUAUGUACAAAUGAAGUAGAACAAGCUAUGCACUCGAUUUAGAGAACUGAAUGAUUUUUUUUUUUUUU